CACCUAGCUCAAUCCAAUUCGCAUAUGAAAUUGUGUCAGUCAGAGAUAAAAACUUCCACGAAAAUGAGCCGACAAGACCUAUAAAUAUGUUAAAGGCAGCUACAGUCUGCACACUCAUUCCUAAAAUGUCUCCGGUUACAUGUCUAGUAGCUCCACUGCUCCUUCUGAUCGCCACGACAUCUGUUCCUGGUCAGGCCAAGGUGGCUGAUGUUUCGCGAAUGAUAGGCGGAGAGUUUGCGGGCCCUGGCCAGUUCCCGCAUCAGGUAUCGCUCCAGUUGAAAGGGCGCCAUCAUUGCAGAGGAUCUCUCAUCUCCGACACGAUGAUUGUAACUGCCGCCCACUGCACCAAGGACCAGAAUCCUUCCCAGAUGAAGGCCAUAGUGGGAACCAACGAUCUGAGCGCCGGCAAUGGGCAGGUUCUCGGCAUUUCCCAGUUCAUCAUCCAUCCGCAAUACAAUCCGCAGAGCCAGGACUUUGACAUGUCGCUGAUCAGGCUAACCAGCCCCGUGCCAAUGGGCGGUGCUGUCAAAACAAUCCAGCUGGCCGAAGCUGACUUCAACUAUGUCGCUGACACAAUGGCCACCAUCAGCGGCUUUGGAGCAAUCAACCAGAAUCUUCAGCUGCCCAACCGCUUGAAGUACGCUCAGGUGCAGCACUGGAGCCGUGACUACUGCAACUCCCAGAACAUUCCCGGUCUCACCGAUAUGGCGAGAAAGCACUAUCAAAAACGACAGUUUAUCGCUGGUUUGCAGAGUUUAAUAGUGGUCGUAGUUCAGUCGCUGACGAAUUCCGUGAAGGUCGCCCAAAAUCGGUUGUUGUGCCACAAAACAUCGAUGGUGUGCGUGAACUAAUAGUGCAAGAUCGACAUGUGACAUAUCGUGAGAUAGAGGCAUCCUUGCACAUUAGUUCCACUUCAAUACAUUCCAUUUUACAUGAACACUUAGUUGUAAAAAAGGUUUGCUCUCGUUGGAUACCCCAUAACUUAUCAAUCGCUCAAAAAAAGGCUCGCGACGAUUGGAGUAAGGAAAUGCUUAAAAAGUUCGACCGAGGUGCUUCAAAAGAUGUUUAUAAAAUCGUGAUAGGUGAUUUAUCAUGGAUAUAUGCGUAUGAGCCGGAAACUAAGCAGCAAUCGACCGUGUGGGUGUUUCAAGAUGAGCAAAAUCCAACAAAAGUUGUUCGAGCACGAAGCACUUCGAAGCAAAUGGUCGCCUGUUUCUUCGGAAGAAUGGGUCAUGUGGCCACUGUUUCGCUAGAGAAACGUAGGACUGUCAAUUCUGAGUGGUACACGACCAUUUGUUUGCCGGAGGUCUUCGGAGAAAUUCGCAAAACCAACUGCCGAGCACGAAUCAUUCUACAUCAUGACAAUGCGAGCUCGCAGACCUCUCGACAAACAGGUCAAGCAGGUUUAAGCAUUCAAAACGUCGAAUUGAUGACUCAUCCUCCCUUAAGUCCUGACUUGGCAC